AGAGUAGGCUAAGUAAAGUUAGAAUAAAAAAAUUUCAAAAUUCGAAUGAAGACCCUAAAAUGCAUAUUACCGGUAACCAAUAAGAAUUUAAAAUAAAUGGUUAUUACUUAGGCUUUUUGUCAUACUGCAGCGAUAAAAGCUUGUUUGCUGGAAAUCACUGAAAGGGUCCCCAUUGCUCGGUGCUUGGUCUGGUCUUAUUCACCCUUUUUAUCAAUGACCUCCCAAGUUGUCUGCCUAGGGUCUAAAGGUUGAACUGAAAGCAAUCACAACUUUGAGGCUGUCUGGUUGAUUGAACUGUAGCCUGGAAAGCAAACGAAACAGGUUUUACAAUCAUCUGCAUAUAAUUAUAAAGGAAUGGAUUUUUUUAAGACUACACUAUUUUUUCUAUUGGUGUUUACAUUUUCUAUUAAAGUCAAUAGUUUGAUUGAUCCCUUGUCUGCUGUUGUUAUUGGAGGAAUUAGUUUGAUCACAUAUUUAUUGAAAACCCCUCUUUAUCGGACUGCAGAGAAAGUGUGCGAAAAAAUGGGAUAUUGCGAAGGGUGUGAAGAUUAUUGGAUUCAUGAAAAUUUGAUUGGAUUAGAAUUUGAUCUGAAAAGUCAAGUUUUUGGACAAGAAUUAGCAAUUAAUAUUAUUUUGAGCAUCCUAAAAAAUCAUCUCAGUAAGGAGGAACCUGACAGAGCUUUAGUGCUUAGUUUUCAUGGAAGCCCUGGAACCGGGAAAACCUUUGUUACUCAAAAGAUAUUAAAAAACAUGUUUAUAAAAGGGGAAAGCUCAAAAUAUGUCAAAUUUUACAAAGGUAGUAUUGAUUUCCGAUCAAAGGAUAAAGUAGACCAGUACCAGAAAGAUUUGGUUCAAACAAUACAAGAGAAAGUCCGUCAAUGCCAUAGAUCUAUGUUUGUAAUUGAUGAAGUCGAAAAGAUACCUGAUGGGAUAUUGGACGUUAUCAGUGCUGCUGUACAAAUUGGGAAAACUAGCGAAUAUGAUUUUAGGAAAGUCAUAUUCAUCCUGCUCAGUAACGCAGGUGGUACGGAACUCAACAAAGAAGCCUUAUCAUCUUACAAACAAGGCAUUCGAAGAGAAGAUAUGAAUCUCAGAAGACUGACCAAUUUGAUAGCAACUGCAGCAGUAAACGAAGGUGGUCUAAAGAAUUCACAACUUGUGAAGAAUUUUGAUAUAUCAUAUUAUGUGCCUUUCUUACCUCUUGAGAGAAGUCAUAUUGUUCAGUGCCUUGAGCAUUUUGUAGUUAACACCAAACAACAGGUCAUGUCUCCGGAACUUACAGAGCUAGUUCUGGAAGAUAUGACUUUUAGACCUGAAGAUGAGCAACUAUAUUCCACUUCUGGCUGCAAGGGAGUGGAGGAGUCAGCAGUGAUACACAUUGAAGGACAGCUAAGAAGAAAGCGAGGAAGAGGACCGGCAUAGCAGUAGUUGUAUGAUCUUUAAUUAACAACUUGCUAAUUUCGGACAAAAGCAUCCACAUUAUAUAGUUUUUUUUUUUCAAACCAAAUCAGAGUGAUUAAGCAAAGUAAUAUCCUAUAGGAAAAUGUUACUGUAUAAAAUCAAAGAGGGAUCCAAUAAUUGUAUAGUAGAAUGAGGAAUAUGACUCCAGCAUUCAGCCUACAAUUAACGUUUGUAAAACAGCUAAAAACAAAACAUUAGCGUGGUUAAAAAUAAUUAACAUAUGAAAUAAGGGUUCCGAUUAAUCCACCUUUUCCUAAAAAUAUGCACCAUAUGUCCAUAUUAUGGUGUACUAGCUUUUUUAGUGCAGUAGUUAAGUUGUAAUAUAAAAAUUUAAGUUACCUUAUGUUGUUCAACGAACUCUUGUCCCUCAAUGGAUUAUGCACAUGAGUAAUGUUGUUAAUCAGUAGUAAUGUUUAUUUUUAUAAUAUACGUUUAUGAAAUGUAUUGCUUUUGGAAACAAUAUGAUUUGGACAGAUCCUUUUUGAAAAUUACUAUCCAUGAAACAUUAAGAGGUUCAUUGCUGUAAUGAGAAAUCAUUUGUAUGGCAAAUAUCAAAAUUAAUCAGUCUUAUAGCUUUUAUAAUCCUUUAAUAGUAUAUAUUUUUUCUGUGUCAUUGGCAACCUAAUUUUUUAAGGCAGACGUGUUUAUUUUUAUAAAUAAAUUCUUUUCUCUCGAUCCAUGGAAUGUAAAUAAGCACUAGAAAGAUAAAUUUGUA